GUCGUGGGAGGGUGUUAACCUGAAGAAUGGUCACCUCAGACUCUGAAAUCUCGCGAGAAGAAGUCAUCCCCUAAUCCAUCCACUAAUCCUGGGCCGAAUCACCGCUUGAUUAAUGAUUGACCAUUUUCACUUGACACCUGCGGGAUUAGGACGGGAUUAGCGGCGGCGCUGACCUCGCAGAUCCCGCGAAGAUGCUCGUGUCAACUUCCGCGGAAACUUUUGGUAAAGUUUGCGGGAUUGAGUUGGCGGUUUGGCCGGGAUUUUGCCGCGGACUUGCUCGCGUGGCGGACGGAGACGGCGGGUUCACCUGGCGAUGCGGUCGGUAAUCCCUCAUCCUUAUCAGAUCAGCGGCAGGCCGGAGCUCGGCAGACCAGGCUGAGCCGCCCGCACGAACACACCGCCUUUCCUCCAUGGAUCCCGCCGAUUUUACCUCCUCACAACCCGAUUUUCACCCCGUUCUGUAAUCCUACAGCUGCCAAGACCGCUGAGGCUUAGACAGGUUGACUAACGAUGUCCAGUGGGUCAGUCUCGCCUGAGGGCGGCCGCUCCAGCCAUCGCAGGAAGCAGACGGAACCGGUCAAGGUCGUCAACUCCGAGGAGAUACUGAUGGCCCCACCCCUGCAGCAGUACCUGCACUCCCCACCCCCAGGUAAGAACCAACAUGGUGGCACGCCGCGAAGCCGGGCGCACCACGAUGGGGACGCGGAACACCGGACGUCGCAUUCCCACCUGAUCCAGCACCACCAACCGACGAUCCGGUCCAGCCAACCGCCUCGAGUCAUGGUCAGUCCUAACACCAGCAUGAAACCAGGAGACAGAAGCCUGCCAAUCCGCUGUGUAAUCGAGACCACGUUGGACAGCGGUGUUAUCCAGGAGAUGGAGAGUUACGCCAUCAUCCCGUGUUCCACCUUCUUCCUGGACCUGGUGGGCGUGGUGCUGGGGAAGCUGGGAUACUCCACAGUUCAGUCUGUCGUCGCUACUGGUCAUAUCGAAGUGAAGAACUGGAAGCCGCUGCCGUUCAACGCGAUCUCAGACAACCCACAGGCAACAGUCGGUCAGGUGUUGGGGGAGGUGUUUCACCUGGCUGUGCUCAGGAUCAAAUUGUCCAGACUGCGGUGGGAGACCCAGGUGCAGGAACCCCAUCAGGAGACCCCGAUGCAGCCCAUGGGGGUGACGACCAUGUCCCCAGUACAGGACCAGUCCACCCCGCUCCUCACGUCAGCCCCGCCACAACAACAGUCUGUCAUCGCAGCCGUCAGCAGUGUAGCCAAUAGACAGCCAGUGGUGAUGUCCAGCCCCCCAGCAAAGCCUCAUGUGUCAGAGGUCAGUCAAAGGUUAGAGGUCAGCAGUCCGGAGCUCGACGCGGCCACGUCCAGCCGGAUCCACCAGAACCACCAGGUGGCCAUCAAACUGCAGAGUCUCGUGGCCCACAAACCGGUCAACACACUGGUCAGCGGAGACUGCCCACUCACCAAGAUGGAGAUAGACCAAUUAAUGAGGGGAGAGUUCCAUGCAGAAAUUUCUCCACAUAAGCACAAGGCAUUCCACGAAUGGUACGCGAAGGUGACGACUCCUGCAGCCAAGACAUCAACUAACCGCGAUUCAACAACAACCCAUGGCUCGACACACAGUGCCAACAAGAAGCUGUCAAGAACUGGGGAGUCGGGCAGCUGUGGAAGCCACGGGCCCAUCAAACAUCGAAAACGCUUCCGUACGACGUUUAGUCUGGAGCACGAGAUUCCGAAGUUGAUGGCGUGGUUCCGGGAAGACCCGCGCCCUGAUCCUAUGAAGAUUAACAGAUACCUGCAGGAGUUGAACAACAGUGAGGUUCGUAAGCACCAGGCUCCGUUACGCUAUCAGGCUGUGCACAUCUGGUUCAAAAAUGCACGAGCCAAGUACAAGAAAGAGGGGCUGUACACUCCCAGACACAAGAACGGAUUCAGGAGAGGCAGUAUGAUUGGACCAAUCGGGUCCAUCCAGGUGUCGGGUUACAGCAGCAACGUGGCGCGAAUCCAGCCGGCGCCGCUUUCCCACAGCGUCCUGACGCUUCAGCACGGUAGAACGGUUUCCAUUCCCGUGUCCGCCCCGAACAACGUCACACCUUCCUCCAUCCCCUCCCAGCAAAUCCCGACGGUGGUCCCCAUCUCCAUGAUGGGCAGCCCCACUCUUGUUUCCAUGGUGACGUCACCGGGCAUCGCCAGCCCCGCCCCAACCGUCGGCAGCCUCGUAUCCGGGGUGGUCAACUCCAUCAUGGCUUCCAUGUCCACGAGCGACUCGGAAAAGGGCGCGUUGGCGGCCACGCAGGGAAGCAAACUUGCCGACAGUGUUAAGGACGAGCCGGAUAUGCCAAAGAGAUCACCAGCAGACGACGUAAACAGAAAUGGUGUAGAAAAAACAGUUCCCUCGAGCGACCACAACGGCAACACGCCAAAUGACACGGGCACCUUAAUUGCUGCAGAGGUUGAAAAAAGAGUUCUGGAGGACUCCCCUCGUGUCAUCGUAAAAACAGAGAAUGUCAGCACCAUACCAGACGAAAUUAGCACCGAGGAGGAGGAGUCCAAACGUGAAGAAGAAGUUGAAAGAUCCAGAAAAAGCUCCGUUUGUAGUUACGACGAGGGUCACAGUCGUAGCGUAAGUCCUUCAGAGAGGAGUACCUCUUCCAGUAUUUCUCCAACUCCACUUAUAAAAAAAGCGCCACCUGCGACUCCGAGAAGUGAGGAAGUGGUUUCGCCCAAGGAUGUCGUAAUGAACGAUUCAGCACCUGUGCAAGGCCAGGUAGCUGCCGGACAGUAUUCACAACACAACAACCAGACUAUGCCCCUCACCCCAGCUUCCACAGUAGCCACGCAGCUUGGGAACAGCGUAGGGAAACCGUCACGCGCGACGCGGCGAAGGCUGAUCAUCAACCCUGUCUCAGAGCUUCCCAAACUCCAGACGUGGUUCAACGUAAAUCCGAAGCCGUCACGCUCCGAGAUGAAGAAAAUGGCGGAAGAACUGAACGCUAGUGAGUGGAGACGAAAUCAGCCCUUCGAACUGAAGAGCGUCGCGAUCUGGUUCAAAAACGCCCGGGCGAAAGUCGCAAAAAAAGAACACAGCUUGGAUAUGGAUACAUCGAUAUCCAGCGAAUAUUAAAGAAUAGUUAUCAGUUUCAGUAUGUCCUUGAAUUGGUGCCAGUGCUGGUUACUGUACAGGUGUCUCAAAGUAUAAGUUACAAGCAAAUCAAACCUUGCAUGCCGUUUUCUGAACCUUGCCGUUUUUAGAACCUACCAAAGCAUGGGGCCUGCUAUGCCACAGGAGCUCUCCAGGUGGCGCUGUUACGUAUAUCUGUUACAUGCAGCUUCAUUUUUCUGUAAUAUAUGAGGCUUAAAUGUAGACAAGCCUGUCGAAAGUUGUUACUAGGGGCCCCACAGAAGAACAAGGCUGUGUUUUGAUGUGUCAGUUUUUGUUCAAGAGCAACAUGGGGCCCAUUUUGAUAAUAGAAGGUAGCAAAAAAGGUUCAAUUCAGUCUGUAUAUAAAGUAUAAAUGCCUUACUGUUUUAAUGUUGAUAUUUGAAUGUGCCCUUACUGUAUCAUAGUGCAAUCCUUGGAUAAGUGUAUAUUUCCUAAUGCCUUGAUGUAUGUACUCCUUUCUCGUGUGAAAACGUAAGAAAAUGGAUAUUAUAUUAUAAUAUAUAAAUAGUGUGUAGAAAAAGGUUUUACAUUUGUUUAGUCUAGAUCAUUCCAGGAUGAAAAUUUCCCCCAGAGGUGCUUUAAGCUAGAAACAAGUGUCAUAAUCUUAUUAAUUAUGAUAAUUUUUAUAUCAAUACUUACAGUGAGAUAGUAGAGGUCUGUGUGUGCUUGUGGGCUAGCAGUACCUUUUAGGACCAUUCCAUUAAAAUGAUUUUUGGAGGGGUGAACUGGACACUUUUUAAAAGAAGACUGACCCAUUUGACAAUGGGGAUUCAACUUGAUUUCUGAUGUAAUAUCUUUUCUGUAAUAACAGAGUUGUAAAUGGGGAAUCUAAAAAAUAUAUUUCUUCCUCCCCACAAUCUUUUUCCAAUGGAACGGUCUUUACAGAAAGUUUUCACCGAAGAAUAACCCAUUAUUUGGCAUCCUUAUUUUAUGUUGUUGUACCAUAUUAUGAGAAAUGUAUUAUGUAGCAAAGAAUGUUACAAAUUGAAUGUUACAAAAUUGUUACAAAAUUGAAAAAAAGUUGUUACAUAAAUGUAGCAGUCUAAAUGUAAUUAUGGCAGCUAAUUCAUUUACAAAGAAAAUCAUCAGGCAAUAGAAUACUGUAGUU